UUAACUGUUUAGUAGGUAUUCGACAUUUGACUAAGCAACAUGGUUUUAAGAAAUCCAUGUAUGCUUUUAUUAAUAAUCAUUUUUCUUGGAAUAUACACGGGAUCUAUAGAUAUGUGUGUGAGGAGUGGAGGCGGUGGCAGUAGAAGUAGUGGAAGUGGUGGUUCAAAUAGCGGAAGUGGAGGUUCAAAUAGCGGAAGUGGGGAAUCAGAUAGCGAAAGUGGAGGGUCUAAUAGCGGCUCCGGAAGUAGUGGUGGAAGUACAGGAGAAGGCGAUCAGAGGUGUACAGAUAUUGGUGGAGUUUGUCAAGAUGACAAUGGCAAAUGUGGUGGUUCAUAUUAUUCUGGAAAGUGUUCUGGUGGCGCUAACAAUCGAUGUUGUACAACUAGCGCAGAAGAAAAAGAUACAAAUGAUUGUAGUGGUGUGACGAUUAUCUCCCGUGAUAGUUGGGGAGCCAGGAGAACUAAAAGCAGUUCUAUAAUUAGAAUACCAGUCCCUAAGAUGUUCAUUCAUCACACCGUAACGAAUCCAUGUUCAUCUUUCUCUGAAUGUAUCUCAAGAAUGAAACAAAUACAAAACUACCACAUGGAUAAUAGAGGGUAUGCUGACGUUGGAUACAGUUUCUUAGUUGGAGAAGAUGGAAAAAUAUACGAGGGAAGAGGCUGGGGUCGUGUAGGAGCUCAUACAGAGGGUUAUAAUAGCGUUGGAUUUGGUAUAUCAUUCAUUGGAAAUUUCAUGACAGUGGAACCUUACACCGUUGCUUUAAAUGCAGCCAAGGCAUUGCUUCAGUGUGGAAUAAAUAAUGGCAAGAUAUCCACCUCGUACAAAUUGUAUGGACAUCGCGAUACAAAAGCCACAGACUGCCCAGGUGAUAAAUUGUACGAUAUUAUCAAAUCAUGGCCUCAAUAUCAUCAUGAUCCAUAAGUCCAACUUAGUUUGUUACUUUUUGGAGAUGAUGGUGUGGAUGAUUUUGUCAAAAUCGAAAAUAUUUCUAUAUAAAAGGGGAAAGGGGGAGGGGAGUUAAAUGCUGGAAAAUGGGAGCAGAA